UAAUUUAAAAAAAAAGGGGUUUAAUGAUUCGAAAAAGUUUAAAAUGUAAUUGCAAAACCUAUAAAUUACAGUCAGGUACAUGUAUAUGUUACUAAUGGACUAGGAAGUUUGUGAAAACAUUACCUGUGAAACGUCUUCCGUCUUUAUUACAAGGACAUAUUGUUCAGGCAUUGAUGUUAAAUCAUUCUGCUAAUCACUAAAGCAGAUAUAGGAAAAAGAAGGAAGAGUAAUGCGAUGCCUUUUAUACAACGAAAGACCGUCCCUGCCCGCCUUAGCCAAGUUCAGCUUACAAAAGAUGUUGCUAUAGGGGAUGAACUCAAUUGCAUAGCUAACCAUACCCUUUGUGGGAUAAUACAACAGCUUAGUAGCCUGAGUGACAAUGCCUCGGAAAUGUUUGAAGAUCUGCUUACAGAGACAAUGAAUGUCAUCACUAGAUCAAAAAACCUCAAAAAUAAAGUCAGCGAAAUGAAAGAACAAUGUAAAAUGCUUGAAAAGGAGGAGACUGGGGGAUCUUUGCAUGCAGUGAACAUUGAAAAUGAAAAGGCACUAUCGCAGCAUUUUGAUCAACAAAUUCUGAGUUUAGAAAGCAGAUCUAAUGCUAUAAGAACAAUCUACGAGGCUGCUAAUCCUCCGCCUGCUAUUACAAAGAUGAACCAAUUCAGGGAAAAUGGUACGAAUGGAUUGAAACUGUAUACAGACCCAACGUUUUUCUUUAUGCAUUGGUUUUCACAGAUGCAGAAAAAGGAACCCGAUAAUCGAGAGCAUAAAAUAAAGAGAGCAGAAAGAAAAACAAGGCGACAAAAUGGAAGUGGACCUAGACAAAUUAAGAGAACACGGGAUAUAAUGAAAGAAAAGGCAAAACGUGAGGAAUUCAGCUCAAAGGGUCUUCAACCAAGUCACGGGAAGUGUAAGAAGAAUAAAAAGAAAAAUAUGGAAGGUUUUUCAAAUACACAGUGGGAAGAACGACAUCCUGACCAAGUUCCUGCAAAUGGAACAGAACACGACAAGGUGCAAAAUGAAACCUCAAUCUCAGUACCACUUGCCAUUAAUGAUAACGAAGAUGUUACAACGCCGCCAGUUCCUCUGCGUAAACACAAUGAAACAUGCCAUAAUACACAGUCUGUGUUACCUGCACCGCCAGAUGAAAGAUAUAGCCAAUUACCACCACCGCCGCCAGACGACAGAUAUAGUCAAUUACCACCACCGCCGCCAACACCGCCACCUAUUCUAACAGAUAAUGAUCCACAAAUUUAUCCCAGAAACAGCGUCGCUCCUCACGAUUUUUAUCAAAAUGACAAAGAAAACUCUAUUAAUGAAGAUCGAGACUCUAUUUUCCCUUUACCACCGCCACCAGAUCUUUUAGAAUUGAAUAAUGACGAGGAAAUUGACAGUUUUAUGGAGCCACCUCCUCCACUUGAAAUAACUUCAAACAUGAUCAGACCAUCAAAUAAGCUCAAAGCAAAGAGGAUAAGUACAUUUGUCAUGACAUCCGGCAUGGAAACGAGCGACAAUAUAGAUGGGCGGCGAUAUACCAAACUCAUAGAUUAUCCGGGAAUUUCUAAUGCACCGCCACCACCACCGCCACCUCCGGUACCAGGAUUACCACCUCAGCCAAAUGGAUCGGUAACGAAUAAUGCACCUACUACUUCUGAAUCUCUACCUGCAGCGGGAGUGUUUACAGAAAAUUCUCUACUCGCAAUUAAAAAGAACCUAAAACAGGCGAAAGAAAGAAAGACACCAGCACAGUCAGUAAAAACACAGUCAAACCAACUUGAUGUUAACACAAUAAUGAACCGAGCGUUAGAAGGCCACAGAAAGUUCAUCGAGGACAGUUCAAGUGACGAGGACGAUAGUGACUUUUCUGAUAGUGAUAGUGACUGGGAUUAAUACCGAAAGAUUGCGAAUAAACUGAAAUCAGUAAAACUGAGGACUUAAUUCAAUUUAGUGGCGAUUUCAAAUAUAAGUAUUUGGAAAAAAUGCUAUAGACCAAUGACGAAUCUAAAGAAUUCAGUUGAAUCUGAAAUUUUAAGUUUCGUGAAUGAUUUGUUUUACAUUCUUGAAUACUGCACAUGCAUGCUUUAGAAUAUAAAGAAAAUCAUAUCAUCUGCUUAUUAUAAAUAUAGGAUGGCCUGAAUGGGGUUAAAGAAGAGAAAAUAAUGGCAAAACAAUAAAUGAUAGAAAUCAAUGAAAACAAUGGGGUGCUAAAAUAAAACGCAAAUUUGGUGAUAAUGGUAAAAUUACGGAAUUACUACAUCGCGUAAAUUUUACGCGAAACUAAAACUGUAUCAAGGUAAUGGUUUAUAUAUAUAUUUGAUUGCAUUCAAUAUGUGUUUGUACAAGUAUAAUUUGAAAAUAAAAUGAAUAUAAAAACUUA